AGUAAAUACUGACCCACUCUUUCUAAGUCUGUUUUGGCCCGCUUAAACCGCGGGAUCGAUUUCUUGCAAACGUCUUUUGAAGCCGAGCUUUGCGAAUCGACGAACAAAAACCUAUCCUUUUGUACUUCGUACUAGGUAAUACUCCUCUCUUCUCUCCCACCCACUGCCGCCAUGUUCGCCCGACAGGCAAUCCGCUCAGUCCGAGCUGCGGCUCCUCAGCGGACCCUCGCCCGCGCUCCCGUACGCUCAUACGCCGCCGCCGCUGCUGCCCAGGAUGUCAAACCUCCCGUUGCCGUCUACGGCCUCGACGGUACCUAUGCUACUGCUUUGUACACUGCCGCUGUCAAGACUUCGUCCCUCGAUCCGGCUGCGAAGGCUCUGAGCGCCCUUGGUGACCUCCUUGCCAAGGAUACCAAGCUCGCCACUAUCCUGAACACCCCUACGCUUACCGACAGCGAGAAGAGCGCUAUCGUUGCGGAGUUGCAAAAGAGCAUAGGUCCUGCGAGCUCGAAUGAUACCGUCAAAAACUUCCUCGCUACCCUGGCUGAGAACAACCGUCUGGGAAUACUUCAGGGCGUCUCCGAGAAGUUCAACCAGAUCGUGAGAGCGUCCAGAGGCGAAGUGGAGCUGGUUGUUACCAGUGCGCAGCAAUUGGACAACAAGACUCUCGUCCGCAUCGAAAACGCCAUCGCAAAGUCCCCCUACGUCGGACAGGGCAAGAAGCUGAAGGUCACCAACCAGGUUAACCCGGACAUCAUCGGAGGUCUCGUCGUGGAGAUCGGAGACAGGACAAUCGACCUCUCGGUCUCGGCCAAGAUUGCCAAGCUGAACAAGCUCCUAACUGACACCUUGUGAAAUAAACUUCCCUUUAUCUUGAUGAGAGCAUGGCAACCUGCUUUGGAGAGGCGAUCGUGGCUAGAAGACUGGUGUCCCUGUGGAGAUACUAUUUGUGUAUAGGCUCGUAAAAUAGAGGAAGCAUUCGUCCCCCGUCCAAAUUUUGCCUAACGAACCUUUACCGCGAAUAGUAUUAUUCGAAUUACGACCGUAUUGAGGGUAUAGACCACCGGGCUAUGAAUUCCGUAAUAUUUUUGCAACUAACUCUCACGGUACGUUGCCCUAGCCGGCAUGACGUUUCACUCAUUUACAUCACGUAGCACGAUUUGGACA